AAGCGAUUAUCGUCAGGGAGUUUAAGCGGCACCGUGGAAUCGUAUAAAUCGGUCUGAGUUCUCUUAAAAAUCGUUACGCUCACAUCGUUAAGAUUAUCUCCCCAAAUUUAUUCAUUUUUUACUUGAUUUAUUUGAUUUAAAGUCGUUCUUGUGAUAGUUGAUAAUGGCGUAUCGGCAGAUUUCCUCAGACUUCAUGGAGGAGUCGCCGAUGAGGCCAGUGAAGCCAAGAGCACCCCAAUCGUCUCCAAUAUCGGAAGACAUCAACACGAUGGAUCUUCCUACACCAGGAAGCCAUCUUAUCAAUAUGUCUCCCUUCAAGGUAGAGUCCUUUCUAACUCCCCGACGAAAUUCAAAGCCGGAGGAGAAGAUGAGCCCCUCCAUGGAGAUGCUGAUCAAGAGACUCAACACCUUGACUCUGAAGACUCCAUUGCCAAGAUCAAAGAAGGCGGAGAAUAUGGAGGGCAGUUUCAUCGAGAAGUCGCCGGAAGAGCAGGAUACAGAUCGCUUGAAGUCGAUAAGAAGUGCGUUGACAGCACGGAUGUCUGGAGUUAGGGGUAAACAACGUAGCCAGAAAACCGUUGAUACUGAUGCCUUGAAGCGAGCGUUAGAACGGGAACAUCAGAGAUGCUCGAAUCGCAGCAUAGACUUCGAGAAUAUCGAUUUGAACAAAUUAUUCCUGGAAGAAUCCAGCGAUUAUUCAGCGAUGGAUGAAGGCAGUGAAAAGCCAAGAGAUUUGUGCCAGGAUUUGGUGAACGCUGAUAAUGAAUCCCCAUCGCCAGAACUCGAACCACCUCUCCAGUGUCUAGCUCUUGCUGAUGAUGCCUCGGAGUUGGACAGAAGCCUUCACGCUGUUUCGGAAGUCGUGUUCUGGUUAGCUGUGAGCAAUAAAAAUAUGCGGGAGGUGAAGGAAACACAUCGUCAAGACCAGGCCGAAGAUGAAUCCAUCGAUUUUGGCGAAGAAAUACUGAGAACUGCCGUCCAGGAGAAUGUUGGUCAUUUUGUCACAAAAGAACAGAAGGAAAUGGUGGAGCAGAGCUUCCUAAAAGAAUUGUACACCGAAUUCGGAACGAAGGAGGGAGAAGUUCAUGAUACUUCCAGGUGGAGUACAAUGCCAGAGGUGGGAACUCCUCCCACUGCCGUGGAAAAUCAAUCCAGAACUGGGGAUAACGUUCCUGAGGAAGCAGUGGAUAACAGAGACUCUACGAUGAACGUGAGCAUUCAGGAUAAUGAAAUGGCGUUUACACCGUCCGUCAGCUCAAGCAUCAUCUCCAAGGAUGACAGGGAGCCCCUGGCUUCUCCAUCCGAAGUUUCUGAAAUAAUGCAACCGUUUGAUAUCAGGGAAGAAUCACCUGUUAUCCUGGAGAAGUCCCAGGAUAUGAUUCAAUUUACACCAGAUCCAAGCCGAAACGUUAAUGCACUUGAUGUGAGCUUUUUGGAAGAUAGCAGCGACAAUUCUGUUGUCGAACUCACCGCCACCUCAAUGUACUAUGAUUGCCAGGAUGAUAUCAAUGAAGUCAUUGAUCUCUGCAGUCCUCUGAAGACUGCAUCUAGUUCUGAUGUGAGUGGAGGUUUCAAGUGGAAGAGCAUAUCUCCCAGGAUGAAGAUUAUUGUCAAGCGUUCAGAACAGUCGUAUUGGAAGAUGCCCUAUUGUCCCAGACCUGAAGGUGUGCCAUUUCCACCAUCACACAAACUGACAGUGGCUGAGGUGUUUGAUGCACGGACUGGCAGACCACGUCCCGAUGUCCUCAAACAUCACUUUAUCCUUGAGGGUAGAAUCGAUGAGGCAGCAGCACUACGUAUUGUCAAUGAUGGUGCUGCACUUCUGAGAUCGGAGAAGACUAUGAUCGACAUCGAAGCUCCAGUCACAGUUUGUGGUGAUAUUCACGGACAGUUCUACGACCUCAUGAAAUUAUUCGAGGUUGGAGGACCCCCAUCCACAACAAAAUACCUCUUCCUCGGGGAUUACGUGGACAGGGGUUAUUUUAGUAUCGAGUGUGUACUGUACCUGUGGGCAUUGAAACUAUGCCAUCCAACGACACUCUUCCUUCUCAGAGGCAACCACGAGUGCAGACAUCUCACAGAAUAUUUCACGUUUAAGCAAGAAUGUAAAAUAAAGUACUCUGAAAGGGUUUACGACGCAUGUAUGGACGCAUUCGACUGUUUACCACUUGCUGCGCUCAUGAAUCAGCAAUUUCUCUGCGUACACGGUGGUCUUUCUCCAGAAAUUCAUCAUUUAGAAGAUAUUCGAAAGUUGGAUAGGUUCAAAGAACCACCAGCCUUCGGCCCAAUGUGUGAUCUCCUCUGGUCUGAUCCUCUCGAGGACUUUGGAAACGAAAAGAAUGCCGAGCAUUUUUCACACAACAGUGUCAGAGGCUGUUCGUACUUUUACAGCUAUGCAGCGUGUUGUGACUUUCUACAAAACAACAGUCUCUUGAGCAUUAUUAGGGCACAUGAGGCACAAGAUGCUGGAUAUCGUAUGUAUCGUAAGUCUCAAACGACGGGCUUCCCAUCGCUUAUCACGAUCUUCAGUGCACCCAACUACCUCGAUGUGUACAAUAAUAAGGCGGCCGUGCUCAAGUAUGAGAACAACGUGAUGAACAUCAGACAAUUCAACUGCUCACCACAUCCCUAUUGGCUGCCCAACUUUAUGGAUGUAUUCACGUGGUCCUUGCCAUUCGUCGGUGAAAAGGUCACGGAGAUGCUGGUCAACGUACUCAACAUUUGUUCAGACGAUGAGCUCAUGAGUGAAGGAGACGACGCCCUCGAGGAAGUCGCAGCCAAAGUCGUUGUGCAAAAAAAAAAUGGUGCAGCAGCAAACCUUCGGAAGGAAGUUAUCAGGAAUAAGAUACGGGCUAUUGGGAAAAUGGCUCGAGUAUUCUCUGUACUCAGGGAAGAGAGUGAGAGUGUUCUGCAGCUUAAGGGCCUCACUCCAACAGGUGCCCUACCCCUGGGAGCUCUCUCAGGCGGCAAGACGUCCCUGAAAAACGCACUGCAAGGAUUUUCACCAAAUCACAAAAUCACAUCAUUCGCUGAGGCUAAGGGUCUUGAUGCCAUUAACGAGAGAAUGCCACCGCGAAAAGACGCACCACCGACUCCAGUAAAUGAAGAAAAACCCGUUAUAAAAACACCAACGUCAACUACGUCUGAGAAACGGGAACACUGUGCCCCAGCGCCCCAUUCGUGAGUCUCAUAAAGAUCCAAUAUCGAGGUGACAAUUGGCGAGGGAUAAUGCUCCAUUAAAAGUCGCCAAAUUACAAAAUACAAACAUUGAUCGUCUCCCUACUCUCCCCCAUGAAAUUAGAAAUAGUUCAUCGGGCUGAAAGCAUAAUUAAUCGAAGGAAAAAUCGUCAAAUGAGAAAAAUAAAUGCAUGAUUGAGUGAGGAUAAUUGAUAAGAGCAAUUGUUCUCAAGAACAAAAAAAAACCGACGAGCCCAACGCCAGUAUGAAUAUGAAUAAUCGAGUACUGCAGAUGCGUGUUGCGAAAAAAAAGAAAAUAAUAGAAAAAAAAAAAAAUAGUAAAGGAUACACUUGGGGCAUGCGCCUGUGCGGUCCAAACGAGGGAGAACAACGCCCACAUUGAACAAUCAUGAAUUAACCCAGUCAGCGCAUUGGAAAAUAUUUAAAAAAAAUAGAAGAGAAGAUAUUAACUGAAUGGUUGAUUUCAAUGAAUUAUCAAAUGAAAGCAAUUACUCCCGUGUGAUUAAAGAAAAAUGAUUAAAAAUGCCAAUGAUAGAUGAGAGAAUACAAGGGUUGGGAGGCACCUGUCGUCUACUUGCAGCUGGUCUGCUACGAUGUACGGUGACUGUUUUUUUUCCUUUCUUUUUUUAAUUUACAAAUGCUUAAAAAUACAAAUGAAAAAUGAAGAUGAAAAGUGCAAGGAGAGUAAACUAUUUAAUACUAAUUAAUUAACACAAUUUUCACUCACAUAUUGCGAACACUCCUGAGAGAAUUAAUCAUGCACCCUAUGGUGGGUUUAUUACCGUAUUAAUAUAACAUCCAGAUUUUCACGUAUAUUAAAGGAUUACAUAAUGGAAUGAAUUUUAAAUUUUUUGAUGAAAUAGUAUUUGGGGGGGGGGGGGAUCACUUGGCGUCGUUUGGAGCUCGGCUUGUUGAUUUUUUUCUUUCUUGUUGAUUAUUGAUUUUCGAAAAUGGAGAUCGAGAAUGUGAUUAUGCUCUCUCAACAGUAUUUCGUUGAUGUUCAAUUCAUUUUGGGAUGUUUUAUGAUUUUAGCCUGUCAGUUUAUAGUUUUCAUUCAUGUUUACAUUUUAUUUCCUCAGUAAUAUUUUGUCAAUUUCUCUGAGAUCUAGUCAAUCUAGUCCGUGCAAUUUCUCAACUUAUGCGUGAAUAAAAACUUGUGCAAUGUUACUAUCUGAAUCUCAGGUUCACAUUUAAUUCCUUAAAUACAUUUAAAAGUAAUUGUUAUGGAUAAUUGUUGUUUAACUUUGGUUAUUGUUUCCUGAGAAUUGAUUUUUUAAAGCCUUGAGCCUCCAGACGACGUUCAGGGAUAGUGUUUGUAGAAUAUAUCAACUUGAAUCUCGCAAUUAGAAUGGGAAUUGUAAGAGAAACGAAGAUAUUGUGUGAAUGAAGGAUGAGAAUUAUAAAUUAUCUAAUUAUUAAUGAUCAGCCAUGACAAGGUGUCAUAUCUUUGGUCUUGAAUUAAUGAAGAAUAAUAAAAAAUAAAUUAAUGAUGGCUUUUUGGAGGCCUGUUUUCGUUCACUGGAAAUGCAAUAAAUUCCCUUAAUCGCACGUUUAAUCUGGUAUACAAGUGAAUUUCGUUGAUUAUAUUACGAAUGAAUCUCUCAAGCCAUGUUAUAAUAAAAUUAAGAAAAUGAAAGUUUCGGCAAUUUAUUGAUGAGAGAUUAGUGGGGGACCGAGAUACAAAUAAAAUGAUUAAACAAGAGAAUAUAUUACCAUGAGAAGAGAAAGAUAAAUAUGAAGAUAAGAGGAGAAGAAAAAUUUAAUGAUAAAAAAAUAAAACAUAAUAGCGUUGAAUCUUUUAUGAUUUUUAAUGUGUGUUCUUGCUAUUGAGGAUAAGAAAUUAAAGUGGCUCUCGAGCCACUAAAAAAGAUGAUUAAAAUAAAAUAAAGUAAAUAUAUUUAAAAAAAACCAACUCUCUCCCUCCCUGAGUGUCGCUCGUCUCUUUAUAUGCACCGAAUGCGGAUCGUUUGUCGAUUAAAUAUUGAAAAAAAAAAUCUAUUGAGAGACAAGUUAUUGUGGGACUCUCCAGCACAAAAUGUGGUUUAAAAAAUAACGUUAAUUAUUCAUUCAGCAGUAAUUUUAGUCGUAAUUGUCAAUCGCCGCUAUCACCAUUUUAUCUCCCUUCGAAUGAUUUCUCCCAAAGUGGUGCUUCCGUCGUUUGGAGGCUAAUGCAAAAUUCAUAAUUCAUUAUCAAUGUUAAUUAAUCACGAUUAUCGAUUAAAACUAAAUGAAAAUUUAAAAUAAAAUGACAAAGAUCCGUUUCGAGUUGUUGAGCGACACUGAUUUUACGAUAAAAUGAUGAAUAAAACUCUGUACCGAGGAAUAAAGUGGAAAAUAAGCAGAAAAAAAGCGAAUAAGAGAAUUAAAUGAAACAAAAAAAAUAUAUAAAGAAUAUCUUUCACUCUGUCUCUUCACUAUGAUAAUUAUAUAAUGAAUAAUAAUGAAUAAUUCUAUCUCUCUUUGCUACCAAGUUGUACUUAUUCUUAAUUGAUUUACUUGUACAAAAAGAAAAAAUUAAGAACACUGUGUUAAAUAAUAAAAAAAUACAUAAUAUAAUAUAAACGAAAAUGAUAUCAUUAAUAUUCAUUAAUAUCUCUAUCGAAAAAUAAUAAUAAAAUGAAAAGCAGGAGGAGUGAAAUAGUUGAACGACUUUUUCAGUUGAUAAAUUCAAUUAACGCUGAAUCAAUUUAAAAUAUAUAUUGCGAAGUCAUGUGAUUGUAUUUAUCAUGCAAAUUAGGUCAAAAUAAUUCUGAAUUACGAUUGGAGAAUCAAAUUUUUGAUGGAAAAUAACGUUUGAGAGAGAAUUUUAUGGUAAACUUUCUGAUUCACUUCCUUGUUUUUUUUUCGUCUGUAAAUUUAAAACUUCAUGAAACUUUUAAUAAAUAAAUAAUUAAAAUGGUAAUGAAAA